AUGCUGCUUACUGGUGUCCUCGACAUGCCGGGAGACGAGCAGCAAGGCGGAGCUCUGAAAUUAUCACCUCCGCAACUAGAAAACGAAUUUAUUGUUGAGGAAGCAAUUUCUCAAGUCGGCAUUCCACCCCCCAUUCAGGUUCCUGGGAGUCCAGUGGUCCAUCAAAGUCAGCUCCGAUGGUUUCCCAAGGCACGGUCUCGAAAGCAGUCGCUUCUUCUCUACUUGACUGCGGCAAUUCCACUCUUUGCAUUUUUAGUUAUUUGGUCCGUUUGCACAGCAGCCUACAAUAGGGAACGCGCGCCGGGAGCUGUCCGUCGCAGGCUGGCAGCCGGAGGUGAGGGUGCUGACGAAGUUGAAGACUCCAUCUUGGAGGGUUGCUUAGCGCUGGAAGAAGACCUAGGGAUUCCACAGACAGGAACUCCCUCUUCUUCCGGUGACCGGUACAGCCGGAUCGCACAGCUGGUGUCGACGUUUUCCGAAGUUGCCGCAACGCACCAAUCGAUACACGGGACGUAUACGACUAUCAGUGAGGCUCCCUCUCGCCUCAACCCCCUUGGUCAAGCCCAACUGCAACCACUCGAGACGCCUCUCAGAGAGCGGGGUUUGCUGGAGCAAGAGGAGGGUGCUGCUUAUGCGGGCUGGCUGCCGCUACCCACUCACGGCGAUGACUGCGGCGGAACGAUCCCAGCCCUCCACCCCGAUGCAUGGCUGGAAGGUAUUCCGGAUAUCUUAGCUGCGCAUGAGACGCAGGAGCAGGGAGAGGCAUCAUGGGAAGCUGGAGGUGGCGAUGCAGGAAGCGAAGCGCCGUCAACAGAAGCGGCGGCAGUUCAGCUGCCCCAUGGGGAGGACACCAGAACAAACGAAGCGGCAGUUCAGCUGCCCCAUGGGGAGGACACCAGAACAAACGAAGAUGAAGGUAUUAAAAACCAUCCUUUUGUAAGGUUGCCAGUACUUGAGGAGGGCGUUGUACCAAGGGAUUUCGAUGAAACUGUUGCUUUUCCUGGUCACAGACGGAAAUUUCGGCAGCUGAACGCCAUUUUCAAGUCAUUACGGGUGAUGUUUCUCCAGCCGACCCUCAACCAGGAUGAAGCUAAUUACCUUGUAAAUGGUCUGGAGGACUUAGUGUACAGUUUAAUGCUAAGAUUGCGCUUAAGGUCUGCAUAUGCUAACUUCGCUCUCGAUCUCCCUACCCUGGGAAAGUACUUCUUGGCGUUCGACUUCCUUGUUUCUGGAAUGCAUGUUCUGCGGGAAAGCAUGCACACUGACAAGUGGUGGGAUCGCUUUGCGUCAGGGUUCGUCUUGGAGAUUCGUAUGCCAAGGCUAAGCAGGAACAGCCGGCACUGUUCUACAGUCCAAAGAGCACUGGUAGGCCGUCUACUUGAUGCGAUGCGUAUCUAUUUAAAAGGAAUACGCCCACCCCUCAUGGAAGUGCUUAGGCUUAAGCGGCUUCUGCUCUGCUCACCAUAUACGCAUAGGCGAUUCAAGGAACACCACUUUGACGCGUGGCGAGACGAUGAGGCGGUGUCUUAA